CGCCUGCGCUCAGCUGCCUGGGCGGGCUGGGAGGCGCGGGUUGAAAAGUCUCGUUCCAAGUUUGGAGAGAGAGAGAAGAGCGCCUCAGACCUCGGUACCCGCAAGCGGGGAGGAGGCAGCAGAGGAGGACGCAGCGUCUGGGGAGCUCCCAGGCUGUAAGACGGAGCUCAGGCUUCGAGAGCUAGAAGUGUGUGACGCGCCUGGGAAAGGCAGGAGCGCUUGUGGUUGGGCUGCUCUUGGCUAGCAAGGGGAGUCCGAGGCGGCGGCGAGGGGCGAACGACCCGACGCAAGAUGGCGAGUAAAGAGAUGUUUGAAGAUACUGUGGAGGAGCGUGUCAUCAAUGAAGAAUAUAAAAUCUGGAAGAAGAAUACACCGUUUCUGUAUGACCUGGUUAUGACCCAUGCUCUUCAGUGGCCGAGUCUUACGGUUCAGUGGCUUCCUGAAGUGACUAAACCGGAAGGAAAGGAUUAUGCCCUUCAUUGGCUAGUGCUGGGGACUCACACAUCUGAUGAGCAGAAUCAUCUCGUGGUUGCUCGAGUCCAUAUUCCGAAUGAUGAUGCACAGUUUGAUGCUUCCCACUGUGACAGUGAAAAGGGUGAAUUUGGUGGCUUUGGUUCUGUAACAGGAAAAAUUGAAUGUGAAAUUAAAAUUAACCAUGAAGGAGAAGUAAACCGUGCUCGUUACAUGCCGCAGAAUCCUCACAUCAUUGCUACAAAAACACCAUCUUCUGAUGUGCUGGUUUUUGACUAUACGAAGCACCCUGCGAAACCAGACCCAAGUGGAGAGUGUAAUCCUGAUCUUAGGCUAAGAGGCCACCAAAAGGAAGGCUAUGGUCUUUCUUGGAAUUCCAAUUUGAGUGGACAUCUCCUAAGUGCAUCUGAUGACCAUACUGUCUGUCUGUGGGAUAUUAAUGCAGGACCAAAGGAAGGCAAAAUUGUGGAUGCUAAAGCCAUUUUUACCGGCCACUCGGCUGUUGUAGAGGAUGUGGCCUGGCACCUGCUGCAUGAGUCCUUGUUUGGAUCUGUUGCUGAUGAUCAGAAACUUAUGAUAUGGGACACCAGGUCCAACACCACCUCCAAGCCGAGCCACCUGGUUGAUGCGCACACUGCCGAGGUCAAUUGCCUGUCCUUCAAUCCCUACAGCGAGUUCAUUCUCGCAACUGGCUCUGCGGAUAAGACUGUAGCUUUAUGGGAUCUGCGUAAUUUAAAAUUGAAACUCCAUACCUUUGAAUCUCAUAAAGAUGAAAUUUUCCAGGUCCACUGGUCUCCACAUAACGAAACCAUUCUGGCUUCAAGUGGUACUGAUCGCCGCCUGAAUGUGUGGGAUUUAAGCAAAAUUGGAGAAGAACAAUCAGCAGAAGAUGCAGAAGAUGGGCCUCCAGAACUCCUGUUUAUUCAUGGAGGACACACUGCCAAGAUAUCAGAUUUUAGUUGGAACCCAAAUGAGCCUUGGGUCAUUUGCUCGGUGUCUGAGGAUAACAUCAUGCAGAUAUGGCAAAUGGCUGAAAAUAUUUACAAUGAUGAAGAGUCAGAUGUCACAACACCGGAACUGGAGGGGCAAGGAUCUUAAACCCAAAGUACGAGAAAUGUUUCUCUUGAAUGUAAUGCUACACGAAUGCUUGACUUAUCAAGCGCAAAAACAGCAUUGUAUAGUAGGGAGUUGAAGUGGGGUGGCAUAUGGCGUUCUUUACCUUCUGAUCCUAGCACUUUCAAGUGAGCUAUUGCGUACUGUAUCAUAUUGUAGCUUUUAGGGAAGAAUGUUGCUUAAGAAAGAUUAUCAGCUUUGUUUUAAAAUACAAGUAAGCAGGGUACUGCCUUUGAUUUAACUAUGUCCUUGUUUUCUCUUAAGUGCUUGCUGUUCCCAAAUAUGCAAGAAUAACUUUUACAAUUUUUCCCUCCAACACUUCUUGUUUGGCUUUGCAGAAAUAAAGUUU